AUGUUCAAGGGCACAGCACGUUACGCUCCUCUCGCAGCACAUCAACAGAAGGCACCGGGACGUCGCGAUGAUUUAGAAUCCUGGAUGUAUCAACAAGUGGAGUUUUCCAAGGGUUCACUACCGUGGAAAGACAUUGAAGAUCCAGACGACCUCAUCGGAUCCAAGGUGGAUAUUGUGCUACUUCUGGCUAAGAUUACGGAGAAUACGCGCACUAAAGAAGGUAUGGCGGAACUGUUCCGAGGAUGUCCACGCUACUAUCUUGAACUAUUCAAGUACAUUAUAUCGAUGCGUCAGAAAAGUCAACCCGAUUAUGAGCUUUUCUUCAAGGUUCGCUUCCGCAUACUCCCUGUUACUUUUCAUUAUUCUUGA